AUGCAGCGCUAUCUGGACACAUUUGGUGGACGACUUGGGGGUUGGACAGAUCAGGAACAGGCCACAUUUCUCCGUCUUCGAACCAGAAGAGGGAUGAAAAAAGAGAACGGAAAAAUGUGCAACCACAACCCAAAUCCGAUGAGUAACGACACGCGUGAAUUGUCUCAAUCAGGCGAAGAUGAAACAAGUGUUGGGGGAAAUCAAGAGACCGUGAAAGCACCUCGACUAGACCAGCUGACGGUCCACGUGAACGCUGAAGACAGCGAUGAGGAUAGGAGAACGGAAAGGUUCUCAUUUUACCACGAAGUAGCCGAGUCAUUGGGAACUCGUAGCCCCGAGGAAGUAAAACAACACGACAUAUGGUGGACGAGAUUGCAGGAAUUGGAAAUGGCUAAACGGAAAGCUAUUCAGCAGUGGAAAGAAAAACGGCUCAGCGUGAAACUUCCAGCCCCGGAUUCCAACCGUUCGAUAUCCACACACAGACCAACAGUUCCGUUGACUCCGGAACAGCUAGAAGCGCAGAAGGCGGCACUGGAUCAGUGGCGUGAGGAAAGAAGGAAGCUGGCUGAAACAGCUGCACAGGAAAAAAACAAAGCGGAACUGGAAAUGCGACGAGCAAAUUUGAAACAGUUAAAGAAACGACGCGAUGAACUCAAGGAAUGCGUGGCCCAAUAUCGAGGAACAAAGCAGACGGAACAAAUGGAACAGGCUCGUGAAUUAGCUCACCAGAAAGAAGAGACUCGCAUGCUUCAACGCCUGCGAAUCGCACAGUCCGCUGAUCGGAUUAAAGAACGAAAUGAACACCUGAUUCAAGAACAAAUUGCCCGCAAACAAGCCAUACAACGAGCACAGGAGCAACGCCAGAUCCGGAUCGAAAACGCCUUAAAUCAGGUAGGUUACGUUAGAACGAUUCCGGGCACAAGUUAA